CGUCUGCUUUUAGAGAUCCUUACUUGUCUCUGACAUUUCCGAUCAAGAUAUCCAAUUUCCAAUCCACCAACUUUCUCCUGUGGAGGAUUAUCAAAAACGGAAAAGAUGUGCCCAUGGAGAAGGUCGGGGAAACCAACGUCCCUAAGACCGAGGAUGAGUAUGAUGCGCAAGACAUCAAGAAAGUGGAGAACAAUGCAAAGGCCAUCAACAUCAUCUAUUGUUCCGUAAACCCGGAUGACUACCGGAAGAUUUCUUGUUGUUCCACCGCCAAGGAAAUGUGGGACAAACUAGAAAUCACCUAUGAAGGUACGGAUCAAGUCCGAGAACCUAAAAUCGAUUUUCUAACCCAUGAAUAUGAAUUGUUUCGUAUGAAGGAGAAUGAGAAAAUUGAUGAGAUAUUUGAACGAUUCUCCGAAAUCGUCAAUGAUCUCCAUGCUCUCAAGAAGACGUACACGGACAAGGAGCUUGUGAGAAAAAUCCUGCGGAGUCUCACACUGGAAUGGCGCUCCAAAGCCGAAGCCAUCCAAGAGUCCAUCGGCAUCACCAACAUCACCAUCGACGGGCUUAGAGGCUUCCUCGAGCCAAUUAAACCCGCCAUGGAGGAAUCAAGUGAUGAAGACAACGAGUUCGGGCUCGUUAUCCAGAAAUUCCACAAGUUCAUGCGAAAAGAGUAUGAACGAAAGGGCAAGAAACAUGGAGGACCACCCAAAUGCUAUGGGAGUGGAGAAAUCGGGCAUAUCAAGCCAAAAUGCCCAAAUGCCAAAAACGAGAAGGAGAAGAAACCAUUCAAGAAGCACCUAGCUGACAUCUCAUGGGGAGGUGAUUCCAGCGACGAGUCAUCGGAAGGCGAAGAAAAUGAAAGCGCCAACCUUUGCCUCAUGGCACACGAGGAACCACCGGAAGAAUCUUCCAAGGAUGCUAUUUAUAGCUGGAUUGGAUAAUCUAUCCGUUGAAUCAAAAUAGACUAUCCGU